GCAGCCCCAGUUGACCGCUUGCUUUCACUCUCCUUCACAUUUCGGGUCUCGUCUACCAACAUGCGAUUCACUGCUCUUUUUGCAGCGUGCACGGCCGCUUUGUCUGCUACCUCUGGUGCUUUGGCGGCUCCUGCGACUGAAGCCUCUAUCAAUCUCCAGCUCGCAGGUGGUCUCUCUCUAUCUAAUAACUUUGGUGCUCCCAUUCCACCUUGGGAGCCCGGCUGUGUACCAGGCUGGUACUAUGGCGAUCACCAAGAACUUCUCAAGAUCAUCAUCCCAUGGUUGAAGAACGACUUCAUCUGCAAACUCCUGGAGCUUCUUCACCUUGGAAUCCUAUGUCCUCACAAGCCUCCCUACAACCCCCCACCAGGAGAUGGUUGGAACCAGACAUUCGAUGGCUAUGACGGUGCCAUCCAGGCUGACGAUUACCUGACAUUCGGAUUGGUUGAUACUGUCGAUGAUUGUAAGGCUAUGUGUGGAAGUGUUGAAGGUUGCACUUUCAUUAACACAUACCACGAUGUCAACGGGAAGGACGGUAGCCCCCUCUUGACAUGCUCGCUAUUCAGGGGUUGUCACGGCCAGGAUCAGGCCACCAACAAGGGGGGACAAACCCAGCCUGACGGGAGCAUAGAUCAUAUUGAAGACAGUGCUGGGUAUUGCAAGCAGUAAUUUCGGUGGAGGGAUUUCUAUUCUGGACUUUGGAAAUGGGACUUUGAAUAGUUUUGGUACUUCAUUCGUGCGCUAGAUACCCUGAUG